AUGGCCGACAACAUCACCACCGCGGGCCAGCGCGAUGGCUCGCUGGACAAGGACCCCGCCCAGCUCCAGCACGACGACGACGUGGCCCAGCAGAAGCAGGCGUCCUUCUCCAUGGACCCGGCGCGCCGCGUGGCCGUCGAGAAGAGCCUGAAGCGCAAGCUCGACGCGCGGUGCUCGCUGUUUGUCCUCAUCUACAUCAUGAACUACCUCGACCGCAACAACAUUGCGGCCGCGCGCCUCAAGGGCCUCCAGGAGGACCUCAACCUCGACUACAACCAGUACGCCACGUGCCUGAGCAUCCUCUACGUCGGCUACAUCCUCAUGCAGGUGCCGUCCAACAUGUUCAUCAACCGCAUCGAGCGCCCCAGCCUGUACAUCUCCUGCGCCAUGCUGCUCUGGGGCCUCGUCUCGACCCUGUCGGGCGUCGUCCACAACUUUGGCGGCAUGGUCGCCACCCGCUUCUUCCUCGGCUUCGUCGAGGCCGCCUUCUUGCCGGGUGCCCUGCUCAUCCUCUCCAAGUGGUACACCCGCCGCGAGCUGACCACCCGCAACGCCCUCCUCUUCUGCGGCAACCUCAUCUCCAACGCCUUCUCCGCCCUCGUCGGCGCCGGCAUCCUCUCCAACAUGGACGGCACCCUCGGCCACCGCGCCUGGCGCUGGCUCUUUUGGAUCGAGGGUGGCGCCACCAUGGCCAUUGCCAUCUCCGCCGCCUUUAUUUUGCCUGACCUCCCCCACAACGCCCGCGGCUUCACCGAAGAGGAGCGCCACGUCGCGCAGCUGCGCAUGGCCGAGGAUGUAGGCGAGGCUGACACCGACUCGGCCGACCAGGGCGCCCUCGGUGGCCUGCGCAUGGCCCUCGUCGACAAGAAAAUCUACCUCAUGAUGCUGACCUUUACGUCGUACGUCAUCGGCCUGUCCUUCAACGCCUUCUUCCCCUCCCUCACCGAGACGCUCGGCUUCGGCUACGUGCCCACCCUCCUCAUGAGCUCGCCCCCCUGGCUCUUCUCCUGCCUCUUCUCCCUCGUCUGGGCCUGGCACGCCGACCGCACCCAGGAGAAGUUCUGGCACGUCGUCGGCCCCAUCCUCAUGGGCAUCGUCGGCUUCGUCAUCUCCAUGUCCACCCUCAACGUCGCCGCCCGCUACGUCGCCCUCUUCCUCCAGGCUGGCUCCUAUGCCGGCUUCAUCGUCUUCUACUCGUGGAUCUCGUCCUCCUUCCCGCGCCCGCCCGCCAAGCGCGCUGUCGCCAUCGCCAUGAUCAACGCCUUCUCUCAGCUCGGCAACGUCGCCGGCUCCUACGUCUGGAAGAUGGAGGAGAAUGGCUACCGCAAGAGCUACGGUAUUGUUCUCGCCAUGUUUGGCGUCACCAUUGCCGGCUGCUACGCCUUUAAGCUCGUCCUCGUCGACCUCAACAAGAAGAUUGCCGCCGGCGAGAUUGACCCCUGGGAGACGAAGCACGACGUCGCCGUCCAGACCGCCCAGAUCGAGAUGGACGCCGGUGCCGUCGCGGCCAAGAGGCAGCAUAUGCGCGAGUUCCGCUAUCUGGUGUAG